AUGGGUGGCGGAGGUGGAGUCGGCAUUGGAGGCGGCCUCAGUGGUGGGCUCAGCAGCGGUCUCAGCAGCGGUCUCAGUAGUGGCCUCAGCAGUGGUAGUGGCAGCGGUGGCGGCAGUAGCAGCAGCAGUGCAGCUGCCCUCAAUGCUGCUGCCACCUUGCAUUGUCUCACCUCAGUUGGCAGCAGUCAUAGCAGUGCAGGCAGCGGUGGUAGCAUAAAUGGCAGUGGUGGCGGCAGCAGCAGCAGCAUCGGCGGCAUUGGCGGCAUUGGCGGCAGCGGCGGCGGCGGCGGCGGUAGUAGUAGCAGUCUCGGUGGUGGCGUGCAUGCGGGCUUGG